AUGAUGGCGCUUUACCCCAGUGCAAAAGAGCCACUGGCCGGGCAAAAGCAGCCAGAUCAUGGUAGCGGGCACGAGUCCUGGAAGAUUGUUCGGACUCCGACCGGAGUGAGGAGGAGAUUUCCGACGCCCUUGUCUACGCCUCCUAUGAUGAGGCGGUGUCCUUUUGACCUUGGAGCCCAGGAGGGUCUGACCUCUGCGGCACUUGGGUCGGGCAAUGCUCCAGGGGACGUGGGGGUGGGUCUCCGGGACCCACAGGGACAACCCUUGUUCGACCCGGAGGGCUUAUGCAACCUGCAUUCCGAGGAGUGGGAGCCACCCACACAUAUCACAAACUAUUUGGAGCUACGCAUGCGCACACCACUGUCUAAGGAGGGGCGCCAAAGACUUAGGGCGGAAUGUCCAGGUCCUAAUGUGCCCAAUGAAGCUUGUAGAACCCCAGAAGUGGACCCCACGAUUUCCCAAUUUUUAGGGAAAACGGGAUGGAAACCCAAGAAGGGCUUGGAGUUUUCGCUCAAAAAUUGCCAGGAUAAGAUCCUAAAGGUGACUGGCCCAGCGUCCAAUCUCUACGAGCUCUUAGAGUCCGCUAAGGCAGGAGAAACUGCCAUGGAUUUUGAUGUGGCUAUCGGGUGGGUGCAGCGCCUGAUUUGCCUGUUGGGCAAUGCCAACACGGCUAUGGCGACAGAACGCCGCAAAGCCAUAUUGUUGAAAAUUGAUAUAGAUGAUUAG